AGAAGCAGCACGCGAAGUCUUGGGUUCAUUUGACGAUUCGCGUGGCGUUUUCGCCGUCCUUGCGUUCCGCGCACAUCUCGCCGGUCUUCUUCUGUAUUUCUCUUUUUUUUUUCGUAAUGCAUCACGUGCGAGGUUUGGUUCGUCGUGCGGGUCGACACACGUUGCGCGGCAUCGAGGUUCAGGCAGCCUCGGCGCAGAGCCCUGCCGCGUGUGUGCGACGCGUGCGUCUUCUCGACGUUGACGGUCACACACACGAACUGCCGCUGCUGCACUUCGGUGCUCUGCUCAAGCUGACCGAGAAGAUGAGCCGCGAAGAGGCAUUGGCUGCGUUGCGGGAAGUAAAUCUUCUCUUGAACGCAGAGGACACCACAGCGACAUCUGCAACAGCAUCCUCCUCCUCUUCUCAGCGAGAGUCUCCUGCCACCGCCACCACCAACGGCAGCGACGCUCCACCCUCCGUCCUUUACGUGAAGGACGACUGCGUCGAGGCGGACAGUGAAGUGCAGCGCCGUCAGCGGCGUUUCGUUGCGAAGCUUCACGGUCGUUACGUGUCAUCCGAACCACAGGCGGUGGAAGCGACACUCGAGAAGUUGUUAGCCACGCCGCUCCCCGCACAGGACGAUGCCGCGGUGGCCGAGUACCGAGGGAUGGUGGAAUCCUUAGCGUCGACAGACAUCUCCGCGGCUAUCGCACUCGCCAUCAAUCCCGCCCUGCCCCACCUCACGUCCGCCGCGAGUGCUGCGCUGGCGUCGUUGGUGCAAGUUCACUCCCCGGCGGCGGUGCACGCUUUUUUGGAGUCUUUCGCGAACAAGGACGAGCUGACGCUGGCCUCGGAGACCUGCGCGACCCAUCUCGCCCUUCGUCUGCGCCACGCACUCACACCCGGAGACACGGAAAAACAAGCGUCAACCUCUCCCUCAGGUGCCGCAGCAACGGGGCGACUGCUGAAGGAAGCAACGCACUUUAACGUGGACCCCGGCGUCGUGUUCCCCGCGGAGCCUACCGCCGUUCAAUCCUGGGCAGAGCAGUUUCUCACGUCCGCCAUGCUGCCGGCAGAAAAGGCAGCGGUGCUUCUCCGUGAGGUGCGGCAGCGCCGUUUGCAGCCUCGGCUCGUGUCAAUGGAUGCCCUCAGCAUUUGGACGUUGAACGAUCUGAAGCGGCCGUGGCUGAGGGCCGCGCUGGAGUCACGCCUCAAGCACAACGACAGUUCUUCCGCUGAUGGGGGCAACGCGGGGGCAGAUGAGAUAUGGCGCAGCACGGCGUAUCAGCUAGCGUUGAAAGAUCCAAAACGGAAUUUGGUGGACAACCGGUUGCUGCACACGUACGCUGCGGCCCUUGCGCGCGACGACAUCUCCGCCCUCGACGACUCUUUUUCUUCCUUUCUGGAGGAGUGCGGGGAGUGUCACAGUGCGGGCGACGCAGAGCGGCCGUCAACGCUGUCUUUCACGCUGCCACGCCUGCCCAGCGAUGUACCGCUGCUGCGUGCCCUGCAGGACCUUGCACCGCAAUGCUCCUACUGGCGCACGCUGCUCACGCACCAUGCCGCGGCGUCUGUGCAAGCGUACACGGCUCCCAUGCAUGAAGUAAAAGUGCAGGUGCAGCUUCCCAGUACACACGAGUGUGUUGUUGCCGCGCAAAGCGGUCGGGUGCCGCUCCCAUCGGUGCCGGUGCUGUACGAGGAUGCGGAGGUGCUGGUGGUGGACAAGCCGGCGGGGCUGGCAACGUCCCGUCACGGCCUCAGCUCCACGCAGGUCGGCCAACCGACCACCGACCUCAUUUCCGUCCUGUUGGCGACGAAGUUUCAAGACGCGGCGGGGAUGCAGCGCGUAUUUCGUCAAGGCCAGGUGCAUCGCCUGGAUGCCGAGACGAGCGGGUGCCUGCUUAUCGCCAAGACGGACGUGGCGGCGGACUCGUUGCGGCAUCAGAUGGGCACCAGUGCUGCCUUCUCGCACCAGAGCAAGAUCUACCACGCCAUGUGUCUCGUUCUGGAACCGUCGCUGCGCAACGUGAAGUUGAAGGAUGAGGUGGUCGACGUGGCGGACCCGAAGAUACGCACCGCGUACCGUGUGCUUCGCUUCUUCCCGAAGCACCGCAUUGCGUGGUUGGAGUGUCGCAUCCAGCAGGGAAAGAAGCAUCAGAUUCGACGACACCUCGCGAGCAGGGGGCUGCCCAUUCUCGCAGACGUGGAGCACGCGGGGGCGGCGUGUUGUCAGUCCAUGAUGGAUCGUGUCGCGCUGCACGCGCGCAGUGUCUCGUUCAUCCACCCGGUCACCGCACACCCGCUUGUCGUGGUGGCCCCGCUGCCGGCGGACUUUCAACGCUGCCUUGCCCAACUGCGAUGA